AUGGCAAAAUCAGUCAGAAGGUCUCUGAUUGCUGUUUGUCAACUUACUUGUGGCCAUGACUUGGAAAAAAAUUUCGAAGUCUGUAAAGCUAUGGUCGAAAGAGCCGGAGCUCGGAAUUGCAAGAUGGUAUUCUUCCCAGAAUGGUCCGACUACAUUGGACGAAACGCUGAGGAGAACAUCAGUUUAGCGACGGAAGAAAGCGGUUCUCUGAUGCAGGGCUUCAGGUCCUUGGCCAAACAGCAUCAUGUUUGGAUAUCCUUCGGUGGGCUUCACAAUAAGGAUCCUUCGAAACCCGAAAGGCCUUGGAACUCCCAUGUGGUAAUCGACGAUGAGGGCAAGACAAGAGCCUUGUAUAACAAGCUGCAUCUUUUCGAUGUGGAAAUUCCAGGCAAAUUCAGACAUAUGGAAAGUGAUUUUCACAGGAAAGGAGUUAAGAUGGUGCCACCUGUGGACACUCCAAUUGGACGCCUUGGUCUAUCAAUUUGUAACGAUCUUCGGUUUCCUGAAUUAUCUCUGUGGUAUCGUUACAAGGGUGCAGAGAUCCUCUCCUACCCUGCAGCAUUUACGGUGCACACUGGUUUGGCUCAUUACGAGCCACUACUUCGUAGUCGGGCAAUCGAGACGCAGUGUUAUGUGGUUUCAGCAGCUCAGACAGGAAAACACAACGAAGAACGGUCCUCCUACGGUCACGCCAUGGUUAUUGAUCCUUGGGGAGCUGUGAUAGCUCAGUGCUCUGAUAGAGUCGAUAUGUGCUUUGCCGAAAUCGACCUUUCGUAUGUGGCCGAACUUCGUGAACUGCAACCGAUUUUUGCUCAGCGGCGUCCAGAGCUCUACACGUUACACGUGAACGAAGAAGAUAACGAUAACACUCCUUUAAUGUUUUCCAAGUUUCCGAUUGCUAGUGAAUCGAUAUUCUACCGAUCAGGUCUUUCGUUUGCAUUCGUCAAUCUGAAGCCUGUCUUGAAUGGACAUGUAUUAGUAUGCCCAAAACGCAUUUGCAAUCAUCUCACUGACCUCACCGAUGCUGAGACCGCCGAUUUAUUCGUUGUUUCGAAGAAGGUUCAAAAGAUGAUAGAAAAGGUAGGCCUUUCUUAUAUCUUUUACAACUCGGGUCGCUCAAAUGAAGCUGGACCCGCUUCCUUCCUGUCAUGA